AUGUCGUACGCGCCCUCGCAAUCGGCACCGACCUCGACGACCAAGACGCGCCACCUGCAAGAGCUCGCGCGCCAGCUCAAGGAGCUCGCCGAGCGGACCGAGACGCUCAAACAGCUCUCUGGCCAGACGGCCGUGCACGCCGAGUGGAUGCGCCAGCUCGGGGGGGAUCACGCAGCAUGGUUCAUGGCGUCCGAGCGGAUCAUGUUGUCACGCGUCGUGGCCGACGAGCAGCCGGCGAGCCCGCAGCGCGAGCAGUAG